GGCCCCACCGCUCCCGCCGCGCGGACCGGGCCGACCCGAGGUGGCCGCGCCGGGGUCUUCGGGCGCGUGGCGACAUGGUGCGAGGCAGGAUCUCUCGGCUCUCGGUCCGCGACGUACGCUUCCCCACGUCGCUCGGCGGCCACGGCUCGGACGCCAUGCACACAGACCCCGACUACUCGGCUGCCUAUGUCAUCUUAGAGACUGAUGUGGAAGAUGGACUCAAGGGCUAUGGCAUUACCUUCACUCUGGGAAAAGGCACUGAAGUUGUUGUCUGUGCUGUGAAUGCCCUUGCCCACCAUGUGCUUAACAAGGACCUCCAAGACAUUGUUGGUGACUUCAGAGGCUUCUACAGGCAGCUCACGAGUGACGGACAGCUCAGAUGGAUUGGUCCCGAGAAAGGUGUCGUGCAUUUAGCUACAGCAGCCGUUCUCAAUGCCGUGUGGGACCUGUGGGCGAAGCAGGAGGGAAAGCCUCUAUGGAAGUUACUUGUUGACAUGGACCCCAGGACGCUGUUAUCCUGCAUAGAUUUCAGGUACAUCACCGAUGUCCUGACUGAGGAGGAAGCCUUUGAAAUACUGCAGAAAGGUCAAGUUGGUAAAAAGGAGAGAGAGGAGCAAAUGCGGAUGCAUGGCUACCCUGCCUAUACCACGUCGUGCGCCUGGCUGGGGUACUCAGAUAACACACUGAAGCAGCUCUGCAUGGAAGCCCUGCAGGACGGCUGGACCAGGUUUAAGGUAAAAGUUGGUGCUGAUCUCCAGGAUGACAUCCGUAGAUGCCGACUCAUCAGACAUUUGAUUGGACCUGAGAAGACGUUGAUGCUGGACGCCAACCAGCGCUGGGAUGUGCCUGAGGCAGUGGAGUGGGUGUCACAGCUGGCAGAGUACAAGCCACUGUGGAUUGAGGAGCCAACCUCCCCUGAUGACAUCCUGGGACACGCCACCAUUUCCAAGGCAUUGGUCCCAUUAGGAAUUGGCGUUGCCACAGGAGAACAGUGCCACAACAGAGUGAUAUUUAAGCAACUUCUACAGGCAAAAGCUCUGCAGUUUCUCCAGAUUGACAGCUGCAGGCUGGGAAGUGUCAACGAGAACCUCUCAGUGUUGCUGAUGGCCAAAAAGUUUGAAAUUCCUGUUUGUCCCCAUGCUGGUGGAGUUGGCCUCUGCGAAUUGGUUCAGCACCUGAGUAUAUUUGACUUCAUAUCAGUUUCUGCCAGCCUUAAAAACAGGAUGUGUGAAUAUGUCGACCACCUGCACGAACACUUCAAGUAUCCUGUGGUAAUCAAGAACGCCUCCUACAUGCCUCCUACGGACGCUGGUUAUUCAACUGAAAUGAAGGAGGACUCUGUAAAGAAACACCGAUAUCCAGAGGGCGAAGUCUGGAAGAAACUCCUUGCUGCUCAAGAGAAUUAAAUGUUCAGCCGCAACACCCUUUUCUUUUUUAAGUGAGAAGGCUUCACAUUUCUCGGGUAUGGCUUUACAAAAAAUAGGAGAAAGAUAUCAUUCUACCAAUCAAAAAAGUUUAGGUGAAAGUUGUAUUAACCUCAGGAUUCAGCUCUGUAAUCAUUAUUACUUGAUUCUUACUCCUUCAGCAAAUUUAGAUUUAAUUAACGAGAAGUCCACAAAGUUGUUCUUGAUUACAAAAUUUCUAUUAAGUGCUGGCACCUAGACAUUAAGCUGUACUUUGAAAAUAAGCAGCAUGGUAGACAAUUUGUUGGGAUAAUUCCUUAUUUUUUCCAUUUAACACUUGUCAUAAAUUAACA